AUGUUCUCUAGAUUACUGAAAAGGAUAACGACCCAAAGGUUUCAACACACUGCAGCCAAGCAAACGUCAAAGUCUGUCCCAUUCAACAACAAGUACAAUUUUAACUUGAAUCCUCCACCCGUUCAUGAAUACUGGAAUGUUUACAACUCAAGCGUGCUCUUUGCAUUUGUGCCCGUGUUUUUAAGUAUUGCAUAUUUUGCCAAAUACAUUGGUGUUAAUAUAGAAGGAAAUGCCGGUUUAUUGGAAUACGCCAAUGGUGAGAAUUCGCCUUUGAAGUCUAUCAAAUUUGGUGAGCCACAACUUAAAGCGUCGAAAGAGUAA